AUGGCGCAACCAGAGGCCGUCUUCACUACCGCGGACGAAAACGUCGAAACCGCACAUCAACCGUCCAAGAAACGCAAAACCACUCGACAAUGUCCUUCCAAAGGCUGGCGCGUGGCCAUACUUGUCGGCAGCAUCACAACCGCCAUCGCGCUUGCGAUUAACUGCGGCGUUUUGGGCUGGGUGAGAACUCACUACGACUUGGACUAUGGCAUCGCAUCGGUAUUCACUGGAUCCUGCAAAAAGACGAAGAAGAUAAAACUCUGGUCUCACUUAGGCAUUAAUGUGCUAAGCACCUUGUUACUCGCUGCGAGCAACAGUUGUAUGCAAUGUCUUGUGGCACCGACGAGGAAAGAAAUAGAUCGUGCGCAUGAGAAGAGGAGCUCCAUACCGUUGCAUUUAGUCUAUAACUCCAUUGUCUUCGAUUCCACCGCCGUUAAUACUUUCUCUACUGUCACUGCUACACCUGGCUUCCUUAAUGGCACGGCAUUCAAUGUUGCCUGUAUGUCAUGGGAUGAGGAAUGGCUCUCGGAACUCCGUCGUAGUGCACCCACAUACAUACGUCUCGAACCAGCUGAAUGCAUUCAAAUCUAUGCGCGCCCCCAAGGGAGCUAUGCCAACGUUAUUCUCGUCACAAAGGACAACGGACCAAUCGAAAUCGUCGACUACCAAAGGAAUGUUGGAGGAGCAGGUUUGGGUGACUGCAUAUGGAUCUGUGACCAGACUUAUCAUGAAGGUAGAGUUUGCCCCAUGAAGGAGCUGGCUGCAGACGUGACAGCAAAUGGUUGGAGAUUACCUGGCUCAACUAAAGUCGAAAACGAAUACUGCGGUCGAAAUACUCGAUUCAUGAUCGAUUACUGUCUUGCUCAGCACACGCAGGAAACAUGCCAGAUAUUUGUUGCGACGCCGCUUCUGGUGGUCGUGAUUGCGUGUAACUUUGUGAAGCUGGCCUGUUUUGUCGUCACUCUCUUCGGCCUACAGUUCAGUCCUCUCAUCACAAUAGGGGAUGCGGUGGAGUCAUUCUUGGAUGAAAAAGACACCAGAACAGUGGGAUUUGGGGUCCUGACAGCUGCGACCAUUUGUCAAUGGACAAACAAAGGAACUCGCACUCUAAACAAACCGUGGGCGGUUAAGAAAAGGCGUGGUUUCGCCGCAGUCAGCGUCUGUCGUUGGAUUCUGUCGAACUUGGCCGUCCGCGGCCUCGGUCUCGAUACCUCCGUGUCAGGACUCGCAUCUUUUGGACUCGGCAAACCUAUCCCGGACUCAUCUAUCAACCUAGACUUCAUAGUCGCGGACUCGCCCUUGUACUACAAUAUGCUUGUCUGCGUCAUUAUUGCCAACACUCCUCAGCUCAUCGUAUCAGUGUUCUACCUUGUCUACAAUGAUCUACUUACCCGCAUUCGUAUGGCCGUAGAAUGGUCAUCCUUCCAUCUCGCAAAGCAAACCCUACGGGUCUCCAGCCCAGCAGGCCAACAGCGAUCGACACCGUUCCUCGAACUCCCACUGACUUGGACAAUCCCCUGUCUGACGUUAAUGACAUGCUUACAUUGGAUGAUAUCCCAAAGUAUAUUCUUCUCUCUACUUCACUACUGCUACUUUGAAGACUACUACUGGUCUGAUAUUACUCUGGAUGACUCCAUUGAACCGAGUCUCUCGUAUUCACCUUUGGCUGUCAUGAUUUCUAUUAUUAUUGGUGGAGUAAUGUUGCUUGGCUUGUGGUUAACUGCUCUGUAUAUUAAGUUACCCGGUGAGAUGCCUAUUGUAAGGAGCUGUAGCGCCGCUAUUAGCGCUGCUUGCCAUGGGCCUGGAUGGGAUGUUAACGCUUCGAUGAAGGCCUUGUCUUAUGGCAGUGUGGAAGGGCACUCUCCCAAUGGGACGGAACAUGUUGCCUUUUGUAGUGGGGAGACGAGGCCUCUAAGAGAUGGUGUAGUGUAUAUUUAA